CCCUUUUUCUUUGUUCUCUUUUUAAAAAGAAAAGGGUUACAUGUGAUUCUCAAUGGAUUUUUGCUUCUUCCUGGUUACAUCUUUUUUAAUUGUUUUCUCUCUUCGUUAAUUAAUUUGUGAUCAAUUCAUUUUCUUCUCUGAUUAUGGUUAAGUGUGGUCAAGAUUUUCUGUUAACUUUGACUUUUCUCUUUGGUAAUUUUGGUUGAUUCAAUUAACCGAUUUCUCAGUUUGGUGUUACAAUUGAUCUUUUUGCUUCCCUAUUGGUUUUCUGGUUUCAAUGAUCAACCAUUGAAUUAAGGUAACCAGUUUUAGAUCUGGUUAGCUGAUUUCUAUUCUGGAUCCUGUUGUUUUCACUUUUAACCCAACUUUGCAUUACGAGGAAUAGAAAAACAAACAAAGGGAUUGGUAAUAAAUUAGCUACCGGAUAACAACAACAAACCAGAAUCAAUCAAUCAAGAUGAAUACACAAACAAUUGUGAUUUCCUACAACCUGAGAUUCUCAUAGUGUUGUUUCAUUAACCAGGAUGAUGAUUCUCUUAUCAUAAUCUCCCGCAACCUUUUCCAGAUAAAAUCUGGUUGAUAUGGUGUUUCUAUUUUAUACACCGCCUUCAUUCAGUAUUAUUCAUCGUUAUUCCAUUACUUUAAAUGAUGAUGAGAGAACGAAGGAAAUUUUCUCAGCUAUGGGGCCCAUUGAGAGAGAUAAAAUGGCGACAAUAAAUGCAGAGAGAACGUUGUGAUAAAUCACUAAGUUAAAUGGAAAAAAAAGGAAUAAACAAAAGAUAAACAAUUAUUCUCACGUUUUCUAACCAAUCAUAAAGGCUCACAUGAUGACUGCGGACCAUUUAAAUUCUGGUCGAAAUCAGAAUAAUUCAUUAGUAAUAAUUGGUUUUCUUAUUACCACAUAAAUUCUGAUUCCUUUUCUACAUUUGGAUUCUCCAAUAAUCAAAGUUGACCCAAAAAAAUUCCAUCAGGUAUCAACCCGACCAGGUCAUCUUUAUCCGACAAAUCCAAUCGAUCAACAUCAUCAUCUCCUUACAAUCUACUUUCUCUGACAGUUUUUUAUCAUGUCUGCUCUUAAGAAAAUUUGUCUUAUUGGCUCCGGUAAUUGGGGAUCAGCUAUUGCCAAAAUCGUUGGUCACAAUGUUACCAGAUUUGAUCAUUUCGACAAAACGGUUAAAAUGUAUGUCUAUGAGGAGAUGGUUGAUGGCCGUAAAUUAACCGAAAUAAUCAACACUCAACAUGAGAAUGUUAAAUAUCUUCCUGGACAUAAAUUGCCUGAAACUAUUUUAGCGGUUCCCGAUGCUCUUGAAACUGCCAAAGAUGCGGAUAUAAUCAUUUUCGUUGUUCCCCAUCAAUUUGUCGAGAGAACCUGUGCUCCUCUUAAAGGUAACAUUAAACCGAACGCUGUUGGCCUUAGUUUAAUCAAGGGAUUCGGUGAGAAGCCUGGAGGUGGAUUGGUACUUAUCUCUGAUCUGAUCGGUGAAAUUCUUGGAAUUAAAGUAUCAGCUCUGAUGGGCGCAAAUUUAGCUCACGAAGUUGCCGAUGAGAAAUUUUGUGAAACAACAAUUGGUUGUGAUGAUGAAGAUUCUGGAAAAUUGUUGAAAGAUCUUCUUGAUACACCAAAUUUCCGGGUAACCGUUGUCCGUGAUCGGUAUACUGUUGAAAUUUGCGGAGCAUUGAAAAACAUUGUCGGUUGUGCAGCGGGUUUUGCCGAUGGUCUCAAGUUAGGUGAUAACACAAAAGCCGCUGUUAUCCGAUUAGGAUUGAAAGAGAUGAUUCGGUUUGUCAAUACUUUCUAUGGAUCUAAUGUCCAAUUAGCGACAUUUUUUGAAUCUUGUGGUGUCGCCGAUCUAAUUACAACCUGUUAUGGUGGUCGAAAUCGUAAAGUGUCCGAAGCUUUUGUCACUUCUGGAAAAUCAAUCGAAGAACUAGAAAAGGAAAUGUUAAAUGGACAAAGACUCCAAGGACCUCAAACCGCUUACGAAGUAUUAAAUUUAUUAGAAGCCAAAAAUGUCACCGACCAGUUUCCCCUUUUCUAUGGUGUCGCCAUGAUUUGUAAAGGUAUUUCACCUCCAUCAUCAUUGGUUGAAUAUCUAAGGAAAGAACCAACGGAUUAGGAAAGAGAUGAGGAGAAAAUGAAGAAGACAAAUUUAUUUACAACGAGAAAAGAUCCAUCCAAUUCAAAGAGGUUAAAGAAUCGUUGAAGAUACAGGGACAGAAAAGAGAAUUCAAAAAGUGUUCCAAUUUUUUUCGCCUCUUUGGCAAAGAUUCAAGUAAACAUAUUUUAAGGUAAACCAACGUGAAAAGAAUUAAGCAACAAUUAAGUCUACCAUUCUAAUUGUUAACCGGCUCUAGAUUUAAACUAUCAUUACACAAUGGCUCAAAUUUAAUCAACUAUCCCGAUAAACCUGUUAAUCCAUUUAAAUAUAUUGUCUCUAUCGUUUAUGUUAAUCCAUUUAAAUCAAAUUUUGUCCAUAACUAACCUUUCCUCCUCUAACAUUCACCUAAUUGAUUAUGUUGUUAUUAUCAAAACUAUACACAUGACAAAGAUGAAUUAUUGUUAUAAUUAAUGUCAACAAUUAAGUUUAGCUGGAAAAUGUUCAUUGAUCAGUACAAAAUCAUCCAUUAUUAAGUAUUGUUACAAGUGUAAAUCGUUUUUGUCACAGUUAAAGUGAUCAUUAACUAUGCAAAAGUGUAAUGAGUAUAUUUAAUUGUUGGUUAAUCCAUAACAAGAAAACAAUUUAUGACAAAAUUGAUUAAGAAAUGAAUCUCAAAGAAAUUGAUCAUUUGAAUACGGAGAAAACUAAAUUUCCAACUCGUAAUCAGUGAAUUGAACUUCUUUGUAUUAGUUAAUCAGAUUGCUUUUGAUUAAUUAUCUUUGAAAGUUAAAUCAUUUUCUUCACCAAUUAAACUACAAUAAUGCUGAUGAUUUAACUGAUACUAA